CAGGAGGAGGGUUUAGAAGUAAGAGUACCGGAAGCGGAGCAGUGUUAAAGGACAACAAGCCUUAUUCUUGACUGUAUUACUGUCAGGAUGGCUGGAGUGUGGCGCUGCAUGUUGGCAGUGGCAGUGUUGAUGUGUGUGUGUCUGCGGGGUUCCAGUGAGGCUGUAGGGGGUGCUAAGAGUCGACCACGACCCCAGAGACGACCUCCCAAGAAGCCAAAGGUUGACCCUAUUGAUGUAGGCCCACCACCACAGAACAUAGACAUAGAGCAGAUGACAGGAACAUGGUACUUGCUAAACACUGCCUCCAAAUGCUCCUACCUGAUAAAUCAUGGAACCAAAGUGGAGCCUACAAUCAUGAGCCUCAAACGUUCCUCUGACUCUGAUCAAACACUGCUAGUUAGCACAAAAACACGACAUAAUCACCAAUGUUGGGAGAUAUUACAGGUCUACAAUCUAACUCCAACCCCUGGACGACUAACGCUUAAAGGAGCUAAUCCAGUGCUGAAUACUGAGAUAGUGAUUACGGAGACGGACUACAACUCAUACGCAAUCAUGUACUAUCAGAAACAGGGGAAGACAACCAUUAAACUCUAUGGCAGGUCUGUAGAUAACCUGUCAGAGCCAAUGUUGACCAAGUUUGAGCAGCUUGCUGCAAAACAGGAUUUUGGACUGGCAUACCUGUUUCCUUUCCCCACAUACAGUCACUGUGGUGACGUGGACCAGGAUCAUGUCAUUAACUGUGUCCCCACAUGUUGAAGAAGCAGAACUGUGCAACAAACAAAUCCACUCUGACAGCGUUUGGCAGUUCUCAUGCAAAUACCAGGAUAUGUUUUGUGAUUUUAAAAUGUGAGAGACAAGACAGCUGUCAAAAGACUCCUACAGAGUG